AUGUGCUUGCGCAUAGUGAAGACAGUAACUCACGUGCACGUGGGCCAAUCAGAACGCAGUGAUCAGUUCGUCGCACACUCCACUCCCGCCGAUGCCAUCGCUACACUACAGUGUCCACCGGGUCAAGAACGCGGAUGCAUCGGCUGCUCUCACGGUGGUGGAAUGCUUUUAUUUGAUGGAGAGCCGGUGCUUUUCUUUCUCUUCGUAUUUUCUGUCCUCGGUCUGCUUGUUGGUGGAUGCCUAUGGGGCUCUGGAGAGGAUGACUUGAACCACCCCAAAAUGGUUGGGGGCAUAGUCUUGUUCAUCAUCGGAUGUGCCACCACGGUCGUAUUCUUAGUCGUGUUCACAUACAAACGUGUCCGAAGGCGAAAGAAAAAAAGACGUGAAAUUGAGCAGAUACUUCGUUUCCAAGAGUCUGCCAUGACUGAGGAGCCGAACCCUGCCCCAAUCCAAUCGAAGCGCCACGCUUACGAAAAUCGCGCAGCAGAGCUGAAGGACAGUGUCACCCAGUUCUAAGGUCGGCGAGUGACCUAUGUUACGGCCAAUUGCGUAUUACAAUACAUACCCGUGCUAUUCCGAGUAGACCGCUAAUUGGAGGAUGGAUUGCUGACUCCCCAAGUGUACAAAUUGUGAACCGGUAAGCAUGACAACAAACUAGGAAUAACACAAAGCAAUGCCGCUGUUGGUAUGCUCCAUUUUCAAUUUUUGUGAUAUCCGUUUGUAACCUAUUUUUGAAUUGAUACUUCAGAAGUGACAACUGUACGAAACAAGAGUCAUGUUCAACCCCUUUAUUUUGCAGAAUCGCUUUGAAAACUUAUACCUAUUUUCUUGUUCCCUAGAGUGUUUGGAAUUAUUUUGUUGUAGCUCUGUACCUUUUUGUGAGCUAAUCUACUAACAAUUUUGGUGACACUGAACACACCUUUUGAACCUAUACAGCAGCCCAUUGUUCGCCUCCCAUCGAAGUACUGGUGGCCAGUGGAUGGUAACAUCAAAAAUAACUCAGC